ACGGUAUCAACUCCAAAUCAGCCGUGCGUGCUAAGGGAGUAAAAGAAGAUUCGACGAUUUUCUAGAACUCGCCCCCAUAUAAAAUCCCCUUCUCUUCAAAAAAAAUAUCCCUCUCCGGAAAAAUAGAAAUUUCUCGAACUUUCAGGUAAUCACAAGCUAACUCUUAUAUAAACUCCCCAAAUCCAUUUCGUUUCUCACCAAAACACUUUCAAAAACACACAAAACAAACGCUCUCACAAUAUCACAGAAAAAGCACUUUCUACUUAUAUAUUGAGGAUAAUGGACAUUCCGUUGUUCGCAAGCCGCCGUUGGAAUACGAAAACGACGCCGUCGUCUCGGAAAGUAGUGUCGAUCCCCGUCCAAUUCGUCGGGUCGGGUCGGGGCGGAUCGGAGUCUGACUCGUCGGCGUUGAAGAUCCAGAAGGUGUUCCGAGGGUUUCUGGUGAGGAAGAGCGUGAAGAAGAUCGCGGCGAUCAGGAGGGAAGUCGAUGAGGUGGAGAGGCGGAUCUCGAGGGAGGAGGCACUGGAAUCGAUGAAGAACGACCCGAAGGAGAGGCUGAGGGUGAACGAGACGCUGAUGAGCUUGCUCUUCAGGUUGGAUUCGGUGAGAGGCGUCGAUUCGGGGGUUAGGGAUUGCCGGAAGAGUGUGAUCAAGAGGGCGAUCGCUUUGCAGGAGUUUUUGGACUCCAUUGUUGCUGAUGAACAAACCCUAGGUGGUGUUGAUGAAGCUCCCGACUCCUCCGAAAUCGGUGAAAAGCAAGGUAAAGUUUCUGAGUCUGAGGUUGAGGUUUCUGGUGCUGAUUGCAAUUUGUCUGCGAAUUGUGAUGAGUAUGAGAAAAUACAAGUUGCUGAGUCUAUGAGUAAUUUGAGUGAGCCUAAAGAGACUCUAAAAUCUGCUGCUGAUUUAGUUUGUAAUUGUAAUUUGUCUGCGAAUUGUGAUGGUUUAGAGUCGGAAAAUCGUGUUGAUUUUGAUGAGUCCGAGAAGAUUCAAGUUGCUGAGUCUAUGAGUAAUUUGAGUGAGCCUAAUGAGACUCUAAAAUCUGCUGCUGAUUUAGUUGGUAAUUGCAAUUUGUCUUCGAAUAAUGAUGGUUUAGAGUUGGAAAAUCAUGUUGAUUUUGAUGAGUCUGAGAAGAUUCAAGUUGCUGAGUCUACGAGAAAUUUGAGUGAGCCUAAUGAGACUUUAAACCAGUCUGUUGAGACUCAGAGCGAGUCGGGGUCGACUGGGAAUCCAGAGAGUUUGGUUGAGGAAAAUUCGUUGAAGAAAGAGGUUGAGGAGGAGGGGACGGAGAUUGUUGAGGCUGAGAGGAAAGAAGGGAAUGAGAAAGAAGAAGAUUGCUGUUUUGGAGGGAGAGAGGAUAGCAAGAGGAGCAGGGAGCUUUUGGAGAAGAUAAUGGAGGACAAUAAGAAAAUGAUGGGUUUGAUGAUCGAACUCUUUCAGAGGAAUGAGACGCAGACGAAAUUGUUGAGCUCGCUGUCGCUGAGAGUUGGGCAGCUGGAGAAGGCUUUCAUGUGUGACAAGUUGAGAAAGAUGAAGAAGAAGGGUGCUGCUAAGACUAUAGUAGAUGGGCUGGAAAAAUCGCCUGAUGCAAAGAAGUCCGAAAAGAGAUAGUGAGGUGCACAACAUUUGUUCAAUUUUUAGGCUUAUUGUAAAGAAUUAGGAAUUUAUGUUCUGAUUUUGGAAGCUGGCGAAAGGAAAAAAAAAAGGGCUGCUAUUGUUGGGUUUUUUCCACUUUCAAGUUUGUUUAAGCUGAUUCUCUUUGUUCAAAAUACAGGUGUGUUCUUUUGUUAGUUUGAUUCAAGUUAUUGAUGAAUUUUUCUUUU